UGCUUUCAGGGAGAGGCGGAUCAUUGUGUCCAAUGCUUCUCCACAGAGCUCACUUGAACCUUUUUCCUCCAACAGAACGCUUCCCAUUGAGAUAGCCGCGCUUCGGGUUUCUUCUCCCGGUGAGGAGCUGGAGGUGGACCGGGGGAACAUCAUAAUGAUCAGUACCAUGGAAUGCGCAGCAGACGCGCAAAGCCUCAUCUCCAUUUCCCUAAUGAAGAUCCACAACUCCAGGACGCAGAGAGGGGGGAUCAAGCUGCACAAAAACCUGCUGGUCUCCUAUGUUCUGAGGAAUGCCAGGCAGGUCUACAUCAAGGAGAAAUACGCGGAGAUCUAUCGCAUGCAGCAGUACGAGGAGGUGAUGACCGUCUGCAACGAGAUCCAGGAGCUCAACCCGCUGGAUCUGGACGCAGAGGACGCGGAGGAUGAGGAGCAGGCGCGCUCUGCUUGCUGCAGCGCAGAGGAGAGUCUCUGCGGCGCCGCGUGCCACCGAGGCGCGGCGCAGCCAGUGGCGCACGCCCGGACAGCGAGCGCUCUUUUCGGCUGCUCUCCCCUCGAGGACGGCAGCAAGGAACCGGAUCCCUGCUACUAUCGAAGCUGCUGCAUGGAGCCUUCCCCUGUGUCCCACUGUGACCAGUUUACCGCCAACAGCAACAUGCACUGCAACAAAACCACAGUGCUGGACUUGGACACGCAUGUGGUGACCACUGUGGAGAACGGAUACCUCCAUCAGGACUGCUGCUGUGACGCGCUCCAGUGCGGCCAGGGCGCGCAGUCCCCGGCGAGGAAACGGAAGGUGGAGUUCGGCUGCUGUGUCUCUGAUGUGGAGGACGUUUCAGAUUUCACAGCGGCUCGCAAGCGGGCGAAACGCGAGGACUGCUGCUACUCCAACCUCGACUACACGGACACUUCCAACAUCUCCAACCUGAUCUCCAUCUUUGGCUCGGGGUUCUCGGGGCUGCUCAGCAGACAGUCGGACCUUGAGCAGAUCUGUAGCAAGCAGGUCCUGGCCAGCCUGGGGGCGUGGACACGAGCAAUUGUGGCAUUUUGAAUCAAAACCUUUAUUUUAGGGGAGACCGGGGUCAGGUGUAAAUGUUUUCCACUAAAGUGUAAUACCAGUGCUGUUAGCUGUCGUUGGGGACCAGUAACGUUCCCAAAGGGUUCUCUAGAGAAUUGUGAACAUGUAAUGUGUGGAACUUUUUCAGUAGUUACACUUUCAACAAAUGUUUGACACAUUUUUACACAUCAUGUAAACAGAACCCUCAGGGGAACGUUGCCAAUUAAUACCCCCCUUUAUGUGCCAAUGGUGAAAGGUGUGCUGCAGAAUAUGCAUUUGUUUAAAUCAGUGUUUUCACAGAAGUUGUGCAAUAAUUGUGACAUAUAGAGUCCCAUGGAGGGAAGUUGUAAUGCUGCAAAAAAACCGUAACUUUUCACCAGAAUUAGUGAGAUCAUGAUCCAUGUACCUUCAACUCAGAAACCUGGGUGCUUCAGAAUCAAAGCAUUUGAACACUGAUGUAGAAUAUUGAGUCUCUUCCAGCAUGCAUUACAACCCACCCCUCUGUGACAUGCUAAAACAUGUUAACCUCCUUAGCUUUCACAUACUUGUUACAAAGACAGUGAUUCUAAAUAUACAGAAGAUAUAAGAGUUAUACCUCAAAGCACACCUUUUGUCCGGAAAAAUCAACACCACAUGUGAGUGGUUCACUGGUGUGUACUGGUGACAUCACUCCCUGAUAUGGGAGCGUUACAAGAGAGCCCGGUCUCCCCUUUAAAGCAACUUUAUUUUUGCAGAAAAAAAGGAAAAGCUAUUUAAAAAAUAAAAAAAGGAGCAUUUUAUGACAGUAGUGUUGGCUUCUUUGGGCCCAUGUCAUGUCCAGGCUCUCCUUGUUGUCAGAAUGGGAGACUCCACAGAAUCCGCUUUGUGACUGAUCGAAUGGAUUGAGUUCCUUUGCCUUAAAUCCGACGCACAUCACUGCUAGCUAUUGUCAUUAAAGGAGAGGAGACUGAAAGUGAGUGAAUGUCUCUCCUGUUCUGAGCUGAGGAUCCUUUAGGGAAACCUGUUGAUGUCUGAGAUGGACCUUGCACAUUGUGAGCAGUUUGUUGUCAUGUGAAACACUUUGUUCAAAACUCCCUCCGAAACACUCCAGAUGUACAACUCCUAUCACGGCGUGUCCACACUAACAACCUGUAACACUCCCAAGCCUUCACAGCGAUGCAUAACUCCAACACGUCUUGGUCUUAUGAGGUUUUUUUGUAAAUUCAGUCCUUUUGUUUUAAAAAGGCAAACUCCUUGAUUUAGCCAUAACCUGAGGAUCCACGCAUUAGCUUUAUGAGCACUAUGUGUACCAAAAUAAAGAGAGUAUUCAGCCAUUCUCUACAUAUUUUGUUGUUAUUAUUGUAUUUUUGUGCUUACUAAAUUGUAUAUCACCGGGUAAAACUGUUGCAGAAGUUUAUAAUCUUAAUAAAAAAUGAAAACCUUAA